AUGGAACUGUUUAAUUCAUCUCAAGGUUCAAAAGUUAUAUAUACUGUAGAAGAUGAUAUACCUAAAUUAAUUUAUAAAUCAUUAAAUACAAAUACAUCUAAUUUAAAGACAAAUAAUCAUAAUUUAAAUAUUAGAAAACAUUAUGAAAAUAAUACUUAUAUAGAUUGGAGUCGAGAAACUUUAUUAAUACCGAAUAAUUCAAGUUUUUUAUCUAAAAAAUGGAUAGUUGUAACUGUACUGGCUAUACUUAUAGGUUAUCUUGCAACAUUAAUUGAUCUUUCAUCAGUUUGGUUAAAUGAUUUAAAGAAAGGUCUUUGUUUUAGUAAAAUUGAUAAAUGGUCUUUAUUAAAUCCUUAUAGAACUUGUCCAAUUGAUGAUUGGUAUAAUUGGUCUAGAAUAUUAUUUAAUUCAACUAAUUCAAUUACCAAUAUAUUUAUAAAUUUCCCAAUUUAUAUUAUAUUUGCAUUAAUUUGGUCAUUUAUUGCUGCUUAUAUAACAAUUGUUAAAGCUCCAUUAAUUAAACAAUCAGGAAUUCCUGAAAUAAAAUUAAUUAUAUCAGGAUUUAAUUUUAAUAUUGAUAAUUAUUUAGGGUUAAGAACUUUAAUUUAUAAAACUUUCGGAUUAAUAUUAGUUGUAAGUUCAGGUUUAUGGUUAGGUAAAGAAGGUCCAUUAAUUCAUGUAUCAUGUUGUGUUUUAAAUAUAUUAUUUGGAUUUGCAUUUAGAAAUCAAUAUGAAAAUGAAGCAGUUAGAAGAGAAUUAUUAACUGCUGCUACUGCAACAGGUGUAUCAGUAGCAUUUAAUGCUCCAAUUGGUGGAGUAUUAUUUGUUUUAGAAAGUAUGCCAUCAUUUUUUAUGCCAACAAAAAUAAUGUGGAAUUCAUUUGUUAAUGCAACAAUUGCAGUUAUUGUUGUAACUGGUUUUAAAAUAUUUACUGAAGGAACUAAUUUUGUUGAACAAGAUUUAUUCCCCGUUGAAUUUGGAAAUUUUAGUUGGUUAUUUAUGGAAAUCCCUCCAUUUUUAUUCUUAGGAGUACUUGGAGGUGUUUAUGGAUAUUUAUUUACAAAUUUAAAUGCUAAAUUUAUUACCAGUUCAUUUAGAAAAAAAUUUCAAUUUGGUUUAUGUCAUUUAUUUGGAAUUAAUCCUUUAAGAGGUCCAUAUUUAGAAAUUUUAAUGAUAGUAAUUAUUACUAGUAUAUUAAGUUUCCCAUUUGAAUUAACUAAAUUACCUCUUAAUGCUUAUUUAAAACUGUUAUUUACUGCUUGUCAAACUGAUUCUUCAUCAAAUAAUUUCUUAUGUCAAACAUCAAAUUUAGUAACUAUUGGGAAAUUAACUUAUAUAUUAAUUCUGGGAUUUAUUUUAUCUUGUUAUACCUUUGGUACAGAAUUACCAGGAGGUAUUUUAACUCCUUCAUUAGUAUUAGGAGCAACUACUGGUAGAUUAUUAGGUAUAAUAUCUCAAGCAUUACAAAAUAAAUUUAAUUGGGAUUCAUUAGCUACUUGUACAGAAAAAUCAUGUAUAGUUUCACCAUCUUCAUAUGCUGUUAUUGGAGCAGCAGCAUUUAUGUCAGGUAUAACUAAAUUUACUAUGAGUGUUGUAGUAAUAAUUUUUGAAUUAACUGGAGCUGUAAGUUAUGUAUUACCAAUAAUGUUAGCAGUUAUGGUACUGAAAUUUAUUAAUGAUUGGUUAACUAAUGAUAAUAUUUAUGAUUCAUUAAUGAAACUUACCAUUAAUAAAGAAUAUAAUUCUAAUGAAGGAGGUAAAUUACCCCCAAAUGAAGGUAAAGGACCAGGAUUAGUUAAUUUUAGUGGAUUAACAACUUUUGUUAAAAAUAAAUUACCUGAUGUUUCAAUUAAAUCAUUUAUGAUACCUAUUCAAAAAACCAAAUGUAUUUGUUUAAUUCCUGAAGAUUAUUAUACAGUAAAUUCUUUAUAUGAAUUUGCUAAUAGUGAUGUUCAUGAAGGAUAUCCAGUAAUUCUUAGUUAUGGAUAUCCAGUUUAUUUAGGUUAUGUUAAUAAACCUGAAUUAUAUAAUAAAUUAUCAACAAUUGAAGAUAUUAAUGCUUAUAUUAGUUUUCAAAUUAAUGAUUUACCAACUAUAGCAUUAUCACAACAAUUACAUUAUGAAAGAUCAAUAUCUUCAACUAUGAUUCAAAUUGAAUUAGAAGUUGAAAAAUCGAUAAUUAUAUUUAAUGAAUUAACUACAUCAAUAUUAUUAAUGGAAACAUUUGAAAAACUUCAUACAAAUUAUUCAGUAAUAAUGGAUAGUAAUAAUCCUCAAGUUAUGUGUGGAUUUAUUGAUAGAUUUAUUAUAGCUGAAAUGAUUGAUUCGCAAUUUCUGAGUCUUGAAACUGAACUUAAUGAAAUAAUCAAUGUAGAUGAAUUUGAUUUAGAAGAUUAUGGAGAUAGUGAGAGAGAUGAUUUACUUAAUAUGAGAAGAAAUAGGUUAAGUAUAGAGUUAAUUAAUUAA